AAUUUCUGGUGGAGCUCCAAUCAGAACAGCAGAGGACUACAUUGGAUUGCAUGGGACGAGAUCUGUACCCCCAAAGAUUCGGGGGGACUAGGUUUUCGCGAUUUCCAUGACUUCAACUUAGCGCUUCUUGCGAAACAAUUAUGGAGACUGAUCCACUACCCAAAUUCGUUGAUAGCAAGGGUUUUAAAAGGGAGAUACUACAGACAUACCUCCCCACUUGAUGAGCACCAGACUUACUCACCAUCUUAUGGAUGGCGUAGUAUCAUGGCUGCAAGACCCCUUCUCACUUUGGGCCUACGAAGGACGAUCGGCACGGGUGGUGACACCAGGGCUUGGACUGAUCCUUGGGUCCCAGAUAUAGUUGCACGAGCACCUAGACCUGCUGAUCAUAUUGUUUACAGACUGCCCCAGCUUCCUGUUCAUGCCUUUAUUAGGAAUGAUACCAAGGAGUGGAAUGCACAGCUUUUAAAGGAAUUUUUCCACCAAGAUGACAUACCUCUGAUACUUGGUUUGAAACUUUCACACUCGGAUACCCCCGAUGGGUAUAUAUGGAAUCAUACGAAAUCCGGUGUUUAUUCUGUUAAAACCGGAUAUGAUCUUUUGAGUUCAGAAAAACUAAACCUUACACGAGGAGGAGCUACAGAACCGAGUCUAACGGGCUUUCAGAGCCAUGUAUGGAAGAUUAAGGCUCCAAAUAAAAUCAAGCAUUUCUUGUGGCAAGCGAUCUCCGGCUGUGUGGCUACGGCGGAAAGACUCACUUAUAGACACCUGGGCACCGAUAGGAGUUGUCCUAGAUGUGCUGGCCCAGUGGAGUCAAUUAAUCAUCUUCUUUUUGAGUGCCCUCCCGCCCUUCAAGUUUGGGCUUUGUCGGACUAUCCGUCCCUUCCGGGUUACUUCCCGAGUACAUCUAUCUACCAAAACUUAAACUUCCUUUUUUGGAAGCGAAAAGAGGUGGCUCCGUCGAGACCACAAGUCGAUACCUUCCCAUGGAUCUGCUGGUACAUUUGGAAGGCCAGAAACGAUAAGGUUUUUAAUGGAAAGGAUGUCUCUCCUGUGGAUACCCUUCGGUAUGCUAUUGUAGAGGCAGACUGUUGGAAGAAAGCCAACGAGGAGAAAGAUGAGGACGACGACUAUGCUGAUCCGAUAUCCCCGGAUACUGAGACGGUGCCUCCUUGGAUACCCCGAAUCCCUGUCUGCCAAAUUGAUGCCUCAUGGAUCAACAAUGGCAGGGUCAGUGGCUUAGGAUGGUGUUUUAAGGAUGGAAUGGACAGAGAACAUUUUGGGUUACGUGCUUGUCAUAGGAGUCUUUCGGCUCUCCAUGCGGAGAUGGAAGGAUUACUAUGGGCGGCCACCUGCCUGCGAGACAUGAGGAUGAGAUCCGUACGGUUUGAAACGGAUUGUAGGGACCUCGUGGAGAUGAUGGCCAACCCGACGGACUGGCCAGCCUUCGCGACUAACAUAGAGGAAUUCCAAAGACUCCAGGGAGACUUUGAGGAUGUGAGUAUCUCUCAUAUUCCGAGAAGUCGGAACGAGCGAGCGGAUGCUCUAGCCAAGAGUGCACGGUCCAGAGGAUACCUCUUUUCCCACAUAGAUCAGACCCAGACAGAUGGAGAUACUCCUAGGAGGAUCGGCUCGUCUGCUCUCCAAUUGAUCUAGGCCUAGUUGGGUUGAUGACAAAAAAAAAAAAAAAAAAAAUUGUCAAAUACUUCUGAUACCGAUAUUUCCUCUCCCAAAAUCCGUUCUUCUCUCACGAGACAGACAGAACUCGAGUUACUGUAAGAAGGAGGCCGAAAGUCUCCAGUUGGAAGAAGGCGAAAAGCUUAUCAAUCUCAAUUUGAUUGAUCUAGGGUUUUCAGAAUCAGAUGAAAUGCUCUGAUUCCUAAAGUCUCAAACUUUUGACUUAAAGUUAUGAGUUGCUGAAGAAAAGUUUCGAGCUUUACCAUCAUCAUGAGCGUUAGAUGGCCAAGAGUGUUGACGCCAACGCUCCUUUCUCAAAUCCUAAAGAAGCAGAAGAGUCCCGUAACAGCGCUCCGUCUCUUCGACCAAGCCAAAGAGAGGUUCCCGAGCUACAACGGCCACAACGGCUCCGUGUACGCCACCAUGAUCAACAUCCUCGGCAAGUCCAAUCGUAUACCGGAGAUGACACACGUCAUAGAGAAGAUGAAGGAAGACUCUUGCGAGUGUAAAGACGCGGUUUUCGCAUCGGUUAUCAGAACCUUCUCCAGAGCUGGGAGGCUGGAGGAAGCCGUCGCUCUCUUCAAGAGCCUGAACGAGUUCAACUGCGUGGACUGGACACUUUCUUUCGACACCCUCUUGCAGGAGAUGGUUAGAGAGUCUGAGUAUGAAGCCGCUUGUGAGAUAUUCAGAAAGUAUUGUUAUGGAUGGGAGGUGAGUUCUAGGAUAAGGUCUUUGAAUCUGCUUAUGAAGGUUCUCUGCAAGGUCAACCGCUCUGACCUGGCGUCUCAUGUUUUUCAAGAGAUGAACUACCAGGGGUGUUAUCCGGACAGAGACAGCUACAGGAUUCUGAUGAGAGGGUUUUGUCUCGAAGGGAAGCUUCACGAAGCGACGCAUCUGUUGUAUUCCAUGUUCUGGAGGAUCUCUCAGAAAGGCUCAGGCGAGGACGUUGUGGUUUAUAGGAUGUUGUUGGAUGCGUUGUGCGAUGCCGGGGAGGUUGAUGAGGCUGUUGAGAUUCUCGGUAAGAUCUUGAGGAAAGGACUAAAGGCUCCUAAAAGAUGUUACCAUCGUAUUGAAGCUGGCCAUUGGGAAGGUAUCAGUGAAAGUAGAGAACGUGUGAAACGUUUGUUAACCGAGACUUUGAUCAGAGGCGCUAUCCCCAGUCUGGAGAGCUAUACCGCCAUGGCUACCGAUCUUUUCGAGGAAGGUAAGCUUGUUGAAGGUGAAGAAGUGGUUAUUGCGAUGCGGAGGAAAGGCUUUGAGCCAACUCCUUUUAUCUAUAGCGCCAAGGUGAAAGCACUGUGCAAAGCAAGGAAGGUUGAAGAAGCGGUUUCUGUUAUCAACAAGGAGAUGGUGGAAGGUCGUUGCCUUCCAACGGUUGAUGUGUAUAACGUUCUUAUAAAAGGCUUAUGCAACGAAAAGAAAUCAGUAGAGGCUGUUGGAUAUCUGAAAGAAAUGUCUAGGCAUGUUUCUUGCGUAGCUAAUGAAGAAACGUAUCAAAGUCUAGUGGAUGGUUUGUGUGGGGAUGGUAGAUUUGUGGAAGCGAGUCAGGUCAUGGAAGAGAUGUUGAUUAAAUCAUUCUUCCCUGGUGUUGAAACUUACAGUGUGUUGAUCAAUGGUCUUUGUGCUAUGAACCGGCGGUAUGAAGCUGUGAUGUGGUUGGAAGAAAUGGUUAGUCAGGAUAUGGUGCCUGAAUCUUCUGUGUGGAAUGCUUUAGCUGAGUCUGUCUGCUCUGGUGACGUUGAUGUUAAUGAGAUACUUGACCAUCUAGUUAGUAGCAAAUGUUAAAUCAUACUUCCUCAAUUUAUAUUAAGUGUUAUUGUACUGGAAAAUUUACGUUACAAAAUAAAGAUAUUAAGAUUUCAGUGUAA